GCCACACGGUUCGACGUCGUUGCCGACGAUGUGCUCUCUAGUCCGCACGGUUUUGUAGACGGUCGCGCUCAGUUGCUUCAGUUUGUUUCAGAACAUCAUCAUCAUCAUCCCAAAAGGGCCAUUGAAGAAGUCACAGCAGCAGCAGCAGCAGCAGCAGCCACCAUUAGAAACAACCAGCAGAGUGAAGAAUAAGAAGAAUGAAAAAACGGCGGCAAGUUUAAUAGUAUUUUCCAGUGUGGUGUACGGAAAACUGUGUAUAGUUUGUUAUUUUUUUUUUGUUGUUGCGCGGUGUCUGACCGUGGAAAGACGAUUGCUGCACAAGUUAGAAGUUUUGAUCAGUCUACGAGGUCGUGCCACGUCCCCACGUGGAUGCAGGUGGUAAUCCGAUGACAUCCACCACCACCACCACCACCACCACCACCACCAUCGCAACCGGAGGAGCAAAUGGGAGGAAAAACUCCAAUCCUGUUGUCGCCAUCGGAUUUCUUCGAUCGAGCAGAGAAAAAAAAAGUGUGAAUAAAAUUGUUUAAAAAAUCAAAGAGUGAGACAAACGGCUCUACGAGGAGUGCUCAAAAAUAUCUGUACAUAACUUACCUGUACGAAAGUUUUAGUGAAUGAGUUCAACCCAAAUUGUCUAUCCUAAAACAUAGCUAGUUAAAAUAGUUGUUUCAAAACGGAAGAAAACGGAAAAAAAAAUCUUUCCGAGUGAGUUUCCUAGUUAGAAGAAUAAUACUUUUUUGCUGAUAAGACACCUUUUAAUCUCCGAGAAUACCUGAUGGUUAGUGAAUUGAAACCACCACCAUAUUGAGUGAAAAGUGUGAGUGAAUCGAAACUGCUUUUUUUCCCGACGGACGGACCAGAUCAGACAGACGAGACCGACACAGUAGUAGGAUUAGCUGCCGCCCCGCGUCCUCCUUCCCGACCGUUGUUUUGUGGCACAUUGCGACUGCCGACGGGAAUACGAGAUAUUUCCAAAUAGCUGUCGAUAGAAUUUCAACAAUUCAUCAAGCGGAAAACUCGUCGAGUCUCUCAGCGGGAUAGCGACAGCAGCCAGCAGAAGAAAAAAAAAUGGGCCAACGAAUCAAACUCAAGACCAAAUAAGCCGAGCGAGAGCCGAGUGGUGCGCGAGGAAGACGACGGCCAUCGGAGCGACUUCGGAGAUGGGAGCUUCUGCCAAAAAGGCGAGGAACGUCGUCGUCGUCGUCGUUGUGGGCAGCGAGCGCAUUCUGGCGGGGCCUAUAAAUGUAAAUUGAAUAAUUAAAAAUAAUUCCUCCUGUCGUCAAAGUCGUUCGUCCGAAAGCGUGCGGGUUCGCGAAGAAAGUGUGCGAGCGCGUGUGGAAAGGCCUGGGAAAAGUUAUGGGCAUUUGACAUCGUGAAGAAUUGCGCUACCGAACGACUGGCGGGAAGAGACCACCGAACAUUCCUUUGCCAAAGACGCGGGUGGUUGAGUGCGUAGUGUGACGAAGAGUAGGGCACACCGACCGAAGCCCCAAGGAGCACCGAAGCGAGUGAAGCGGAGGCAAUAAAACCGAAGCCAAUCUCAAGCAGAAAAAAAAAACGUAGAAGAUAUCAGUGAAAAUCAGAAACCAGACUAAUUUCAAGUGGAAAUUGUGUCGUUGAAUUAAACUGUCCAUUCUCUGUCCAUCUAUCUGGUUCUGUCUCUCUGUCUGUGGUGCCUCUUUGGAUGGACCACGCAAUCCUGUAACGCCGAAACGGACUGACUCUGGCUGGGAAUCUGUAAUGUUCACGGAAGCCGAAAAUGUAGCUCACGGAAGCUGCCUACCGGCCUCUAGCCUGUUUGUAGUCGUGCUGUUCGCAGAAGCUCUUCGAAGGUUGUGCAAUAUUUUACUACGUUAAUUCUUUCUAUACUCGACGGCACCAGCCGGUAUAACUAUACUUCCGUAGUAGUUUCCUGAAACGUAUUAGAGAAGAAGAAAGAAAUAAAUACAUAGGAAAGAUGUUAAAUAUUUGUUACUCGGUAGCUUAAGUGUAACUGUGUCAGCGAAAUAUGUAUAAAACCGAUAUUUUCUAUCCGAUUUUUACUCAGUGUGUGUACUUUGUAGGAAAAAAAACCACUCAAAUCUCAUGGGGUUGUGAACGACAAAACAAAAAGAAAUCUCAAUCACUUUCCACUGUAAAGUUUUAAACGGAGAAAGUAGCAUUAGAAAAAAAAAGUGAAAAAAUUACCGUCCUUCGAAGAAAAGAAAAAUUUUAAAUGUAGACUAGUCUCUAGGCAAAAAACAGAAGAAGAAGAAGAAAAAAAAACAAUAAACAAACUUCGCACCAAGUCAAGUCAAGUGUUUGUGUGUGUUUGUGUGCGAGUUAAUGUGCCAAAAUCGACAAAACAAAACAACAAGAAAUCACACGGGCGCAGUUAGUGAUACCGGGAAUGAGCAGACGAGUGACAAGCGCGAAUUCGACCCGAAAGUGAUUAAUCUCAUUAGCAGACGCGGUACAACAGCAGAAUUUAUUAAAUAAUCCCUGCCGUAAAUAAUAUUUUUUUCCGCGUUCACGCCCCCAAACCAUCAUCAAACGCGACGUGACCGUGGUGUGGUGUGGCUGCUGGAAGGGCGAAAUAUAUCUUGCGCAUGGAAAAUUAAUUGAAUAAACAUAGCAGCAGACAGCGGCUUGCUCUUCUCCUCUUCCUCUAACCGUGCGCGGAGGCCCUUGCAGGAGGCGGGUUCCGGAGACCUUACACGCGUCUGCAUCAUCUCCUAAUAAAUAUCAAUUUUCCCGAGUGGAGUCCCCAUUGGCUUAUCCGAACUGUGCCGGUGGGAAAAAUAACGUACUCGAAAAUACGAAACGAAAAAAAAAAUACGGAAAAGAAAGGAUCGAACGGAAGCAUUAUCCCAUCCGUCGAGAAGGAAGUUUGUGAUUAGUGGGAUUACUUUAUGAUAAGUGAGGGCCCAUUUUGGUGUAAGUGGAUAGAGCGAGAAAAUAAAUAAAUGAAAAAAACGUGGAAGAUCAGGCAAAUGAAAACAGUGCUAAUGAAAAGCAUUAUUCAUCGCCGAAUCUGAGUGUAGAGACACAUACUCCUACAUCCAUCCGACAUACCGACAGACAUCGUCUGAAAAGUGAUCGUUAUUCAAUCGGUGCGGGGUAAAAUUCAACGGGAAAAGUAGGCGUUGAAAAAAAAGGUGGUGUCAACCUGAACUGCCGCUGUUGUGGUGAUUACAACGCGCAUAGACACGCAUCUUGGUAGGCUAGGCUGCGUGCGUUCGUGCGUGCGUCAGUCAGUCAAUCAGUGAUCAGUGAGUCAGCCGACAAAGUGUAAAUCUUCGCCGCGAAGGUCAAAAUCAGUAACGUAGCGACGUAGACCGACGCCACCCAGUGACCCAGUGGCACUGGAAAUAAGCGGAUCUCGUCGACGGCGUUCAAAGUUCCAGCCGUGGUAGCGGGAAGGGUGCCAUCAGUCGCCUUGGAGCCCGUUUCAACGUUCGUCACAAUCGUCGUUGGACCGCAAAAUGGCCGCCGUCAAUUCGGUACAAAACAGCAUCCGCCUACCGCUGGCCGGCCUGGCACCGCCCCGAGUUCUGAUGUGUAGCGCCUCGAUGGGUGCCGAAGGUUCCGUCACGUUGCAGUUGCGUGAAGCCGUCCAGGCACCGGAUGCCGCCGGAACCGCACUGUCCGAUCACGGUGGGCUCACCAUCGGCUAUCCGGAUCCGGAGAUGUUAGCCGAUAUGCUCGGUUCGUUCCAGAGUGCCUCGGCUGCCGGGUUGGUGGAGCAGCAGUCUUCCGCAGUGAGUGGCGGUAGCAAUUUUGAUCUCAUCCAGGACAGCAGCAGUAGCAAUUGCAGCAGCCGACAGUCCGGGCUGGACCCGGUCGAGCAGCAGCAGCAACAUCAGAACCUUACCGGUACUCUGCUGGGCAAGGCUUCAUCACCCACCGGAUGUAGUAGCAGUAGUAACACUAGUGGUAGUAAAUCAAACGUCAGCUGUAAUGUCAAUGGGAGUUUGACGCUGAGCGGUGGCAGCAUUAAGAGUGAGAUGGCAACCAAAAUCGAUAAGCUGAACGGAUGCAUUCCGGUGAUCGGAUCUGCUUCCUCCUCUCCCAGCAGCAGUAACUGCAGUACCAGCAGUAAUAGCAGUAAUAGCAACAGCUGCAGUAGUAGUAAUAGCAGUUCCAAGUCUACUACAGCAGCACUAGCAGCGGUGACGGCGGCGGCAUCCGCUGCCAACAGUGCCAAUGGCAGCAGUACAACGGUCGUGUCCGCCAGUGCCGUCGCCGCCGCCGCCCUUGUUGGUGGCCAUAGCAGCCGGAGUGACAGCACCAGUAGCUGUAGUAGCAACAGUAGCAGCAGCAGCAGCAGUAGUAGCAGUAGUAGUAGCAGCAGUAACGGUAGUUGCGGCAGCUCCAGUGGCAGUGGAUCGUCGUCGGUCGCGGUCACGGUGAGCGGGCUACCGACGGUGGUCAAAAAACCACUGCCCAAAACCGUCUCCCCGACACGACACGGUCCGCAACAGUGUCAGGUUUGCAGUAAAGUGUUCGGGAAUGCAUCGGCCCUGGCCAAGCACAAGCUGACGCACAGCGACGAACGGAAGUAUGUUUGCGGAAUGUGCUCGAAGGCGUUCAAAAGACAGGACCAUCUUAACGGUCACAUGCUGACACACCGGAACAAGAAACCGUACGAGUGCAAGGUCGAAGGAUGUGGCAAGUCCUACUGCGACGCCCGUUCACUGCGAAGGCACACCGAGAAUCAUCACAGUGCUGCCGGCGGACUAGGAGGAGGAGGAGGAGGAGGACUGUCGGGAGCUUCGACACCGACAUCCAGCCCGACGGCAUCGACUACGCUUUCCGCGAUGACGAUGGCCAUGACGACGGCAACGGCUACGACAACGUCGAUGACUACCGGCCCACUCAGCCUCUCGCCGGCCACCGCCAGUGGUGAUGCAAGUUCUCCCCAUGGCGCAACCUGCAGCAUCCAGUUCACUUCCGCACCGACAACGGCACUUAGUUCCACCAGCAGCAGCAACGGCAACGGCAACGGUUCCAACAGUUCCUCGUCCUCCUGCAGCUCCACCUCCGCUACUGGUUCUUCCAAAAGUUUAAACAACAGUAGCGGUGGGCAUCUCAGCGAAACCGGUGCCAUCAGCUCCAAGUCCCCGUCGCCGAGCUCGCCUGCCAGUGGCAGUGGCAACGAAGGACUGACCCGUCAACAGCUGGACCUAAUUACGCAGAUUAUGCAGCAAACGAAGCAGGCGAACGCGGCCGCUGCCGCUGCCGGACAGAAAGUGCACCCCCGGCCACGAACGUGGAAUAUGCAGCUCCAGCUGAGCCAGCACAAAGUGAGCACCGCAUCCGUGAUUCCCUGCUCGAUCUCCACCAGCCAAAGCAGUUCCCAGAGUAGUAGUAGCACCACAAGUUCAGCCACAAUCGCCGCCACUAGCAUCCAAUCGACCACGGCUUCGGAGACGACCACCAACUCGAUAUCGACGCAAAACUCCUCCACCGGCCAUGCUCCGAACAAGACAGACCAGAAACCGGUCGAGUGUAACCUGUGCCAUCGAAAGUUUAAGAACAUCCCUGCCCUCAACGGUCACAUGCGGCUGCAUGGCGGUUACUUUAAAAAGGACACCGAAACGAAGAAAUGUGAUAAAAAAGAACAUACCGGACCGCCGCUGCAGACCGCCAGUGUCGGGGUUCGGGCCCUGAUCGAGGAGAAAAUCAUCAACAAGCGAAGCAAGGAUUUGAAGAAUCUGUUGUUGAAGGGUUCGUUCGUGGUACCGGCAGCACCGUUAACCGCCCGUAGACUACUGGAAGCCAGUGAGGCUCUGCUAGCUCCCAAGACAGGAACGGUUGCCAUCGUUUCCACCCAAAACGGAACUACGCAAAUCAUCAAUCCGAAAGCAACCAUCAUGGCAACAUCCGCCGCUACUGGUGGUGGUACACUGACGACAUCCAACGCUGCUGAAGUCAAAGAUGCCACCUUGAUUGAACUGUUGAAACGUGGUACCAAGGUGGCGGUGAAGCGUACCUGUUCCGAUUCCGGUCAAUUAGCAAUUACAACGCAGGCAACUCAACCGUCGGUUGCCACGGCUGCCCAUACCCGAACGGUAGUGCUUCCGGCAAACCUGAACAGUGCACCGUCCAUACCAGGAUCGACACCACCGUUGACACUGUCAAUUGCAAACAGUUUGACGACGAAUGGCAGCUCGACGGUAACUGCUAACUGCGACUCUUCGCCUCUCUCACUUACAAUAUCACAAGCGCCUUCCGGCAGUGCGGAUGUGUUCACUCUAGCCUAUUCCACCGAUGCCACCGGCGCUGCUGCCUUCUUUAGUGAUAACGACGUGUACAGUGUUAGUGAUACGACCAUGCUAUUGCAGGCCGUAGACUCGAUACAGUUGCUCCAAGAUCCCGCAUCCAACGAUCAGCUGGACGAGAUUGCAUCUCUCUCCGAUUACACUACCAUCAACGAGCAAACGUUUACCACUUCGCGGCAAUUGCAGGCCGUACUGGAUUCGCCACUUCCGGAAAGUCUGGCCGAAUUCAGUGCACUCCAUUCCAAAGAUUUCAUUCUUUACGGCGGCGGCGGCAACGCUGGCAACACUUCCGAUCCAACCGGUAGCCAAGCUUCUAAUUCUCCACUACCGUCACCACUGGCCUAUCCGACACCUCCGGCAUCACACGAAGCUGUGGCGCAAGCGUCUCCCUUCCUGGACGAUUCCCGACACUUUUCCGAUGCCAGUUCGUUCUUCGAUGACAAACGUCCAACCUCUUCGGCUAACUUCCUCGACGAUGGUUUCUUCAAAACGGACUCCAAAGACGUCAAAUUGAGUGAUGAAAAAAUUCUCGCCCUGAAAAACGAGCUACUGGAUGAGAACAACGAUCUUUUCCGAAGCAACAAAAACAUCCUGGACGAUCACUGUCAUGAGCUGUUCAAAAAUGAAGACAGUUUCUUUGUAGAGGAGUCUCCGGCUAGCAGCAAACAACCGUCGUCAUCUUCGGCGUCCGUCACCACCGUGGAAGAAGUUGGUUCACCAUCGAAAAUCAAUCUGGACUUCCUGGACGAAGCUCAGGCAUUUAUCAACGAAAGUCGAAACGCUUCUUCGCCACUGUCGAAUGCAUUCUUCUCGGCCACCAUGUCAAGUGCGGAGGAAGUCAAGGAAGCCUUGGAAGAAGUGCUACCGAGCGAUGAAGAUGUGGUCAUCGCCGAAGCCGACAUCGAUCUGUACUACCUGAACGGACUGACGUCACUGCAGUCGCAGAUGAUGUCCAACUCGGAUGAUCCGCUGUUGUCGUCAUCACCGAAGGACUUUGCCCACCGGCAGCACCAGAAGUUUCUGUUCGAACAACAGCAGGAAAUUCUGGCAGGUCCGCAACAGACGCCACCACCGAACAGUAAUAGCAACAGCACCUUCUCACCACCGAGUGCCAAAAAACAGAAAACUGAGACAGAUGCCUCGACGCUGACCAGCGUCGCCAGCAGUGAUACGAACGAAAUUCCACUAACCGUACAAACAGAGCAAAUUCCAAAAGACAACCACAGUGACUCCGUGUUCCUUAGUCCGAGUAGUAUCUCUUCUAGCAGCAGUGGCAGCAGCAGUUCACCAAAGCUCCAACAUGCCUUGCUUCGGAAACGACCUUCCUUGAUGCCUCCGACGGUAUCGAUCCGUAAGUCACCCAGCUAUCACUCGAAGCUACGGAAAUCUACAUCGGCAGUUCCCGUUACGCACUACACUCCCCAGCCGAUGUUGAAUCCUGGCCGAACUGCUCCCGGACUGUACUCCGUAAUCGCUUCCACGCUAGCCAAUCAUGCGAGCUGUUCAAUGUCCGAGUCGACCGUGGAUAACACUUCGGAUAUUUUUAGCGAACCACCACUUCCCAUUCGGCCCCGAAUCAAUCUCGGACACGACUACCAAGCUGCCAUUCCGGACUGUAUCACAUCCAGCUACCACAAUCAGCAUCAUCAUCAUCAUAACCACAGUCAUCCAGUGGAUCAGCACAUGUGGGAUCCUGCGGUAGCUCAGAACGACGGCCAGAUUGCUCGUUUCGUAGAAUUGUCCCGUUCGUCUGCCGUGCCGCUGGGAUGUCACUCCGAGGAAACGGCGUUGAAGUCACUACUGGAAGCGCAAGGAGAAAUUCACAUCGCCAUCCUGAAUCUAAUGCAAACUCCACCGGCUGGCAUCCAUCGACGGUGGGCGGCAAACGAAAUGGAACAGUUCAUCCGAGGUCUCGAACUGUACGGGAAGGACUUUUUCCGAAUAGCAUCCGAACUGUUGCCGGAAAAGUCCACCGGUGACUGUGUCCAGUUGUACUACUUCUGGAAGAAACUUUGCGUGGACUACAAAACCACUCAUCUGCUGCAACAUGGAGACAAUUCGAUGAAGUUCAUCAACAUGAACGUUAGUGCCGAUGAGUUGCUACUGGACCACAUCGGUUACACUACUAGCACUUCUGUUAGAUCCGGAUCCGGUGGAAGUGGUUCGAAUGCCGUUACUAACGGCGGCAGUGACGUGCGACCGCACGUCUGUGAGGUUCCCGAUUGUUCAGCGAGUUUCUCGUCGAAGGCCGCCCUGCACGGUCACAUCCGUAUUCACUGUAUCGGACGGUCGGCAGUACACCUGAAUGGCACUACGCAAAAUGGUAAUUUCUUGAGUACUACUGCCGCUGGUAACCCUAUUAACCCUAACCACAUACCAACAAAGGAUGAUUAUCCCUGCAAGGUGUGCGGCAAGGUAUUUAAUAAGGUAAAAAGCAGAAGUGCCCACAUGAAAUCCCACAGACCACAGGAUGCUAGCGAUCAACUGCAGCACCAACUGCAACUGCACCAACAGCAAAUUCAACAGCAACAGCAACAACAGCAGCAGCAACAACAACAACCACAACCACAAUGUUCAACGUAAACAAAAGCGAAGUUGACAGCUGUCAAAUGUCAACAUGACACAUAAACAGAUGAAACAAUGUUAAAUUUCGAGACAAUCUUAAACCAGUGCGGUAGAGAAAAAAUAUGCACACAAGUGUUGUUACAAACAAACCAACAAAAGAAAAACAAUAACAAAAAAUAGAAAACCGAAAGCCACCUCGAAUAUUAAUCAUCAAACUUUUAAACCCGUAAUGUCGAACCUGAGCAAACCAUAGUAAUGGAGGUUGUAAAGCAAAUCGCAAAUAUUACCGAGCAAAAUCCCACUGAAAACAAAGUAAGUAAACAAACACAAGCACACACACACACACACAUUCAACAAACACUAAUUGAAAAUGCGUGAGCGAGCGCAGAAAAGCGAAAAUAAAAUGUCAAAUUAUCUGAACAUCUAUAUAUACAACACAUACAUUGAGGUGAAACUUCCAAUUAUUCAUAAAAUUAUAUAUUAAUAUAAUAUCUACUUUAACAUAAGCUUAGAAAGGAAAAAAACUGUUUUUGUAUACUUUUUGUUGUUGAACUUUCUACACUUCAAAGACAUAACAAUGUACAUACAAAAAAAAACAUUAUAACAAAUCAAUUGUUGAUGAGAAAUCUUGUAUUCUUUUUAAAUCUUUUAGCAAUAGUGAAACACAAUACAAAAGUCAAAUCAAACGAUCGAUAACAAAUCAAAAACAAAACAAAAACAAAGAAACGAAUACACUGGGCGUGGCCUUUUUAUGAAGACAAAACUGAAAAAAUCGGAGAUUUUCUGAGUUUUAGCGAAGCUAUUUCCUACCGAAAACUACCACCACCACCACCAACCGCUACCCAGAGUGUGAAUACCGACAUGCCCCAGUCCCGCCCUGGAGAAUAUUUACGGCAUCAAUCAUCGCGUGAUGAUGAUGGUCCAUUGAAAAACUCACUCACUCUCACACACACAUACACACAGGAAAACAAAACAAACGAAAUGCAAAGCCAACUAAGUUUUUCUAUAUUAAAUAGUCGUCCUCCAUUUCUCUAAUCAAUCUCUCGAACUCCAAACUCUCAUAGGUGACUUCUUAUCUUUCCAGUAUUAUAGAGAGACAAAACAAAACAAACAAACAAACAAUAACAACAACAACAACAACCUGAGGUACCACGAAAUAAUAAUCGGAGUGUAAGCAACUAUACUCUCGAAUCGGAAGGAAAAUAGUUCAACCGAAAAGGAUAAGAAAGUCUAUAUUCUUUCUCUUGUAGAAACAAAAAAAUGCGUACACUCUUAAACACACACAUAGACACACACAGAUACAUGAACACGAAAACACACAAUUUAGCAUAAUAUUUAACCCUUAAAAGGAAAAGUAAAUGACGAAGAAAAAAAACAUGGUUGUACCUAGAACUUAAGUGUUGAUCGAUGUCCCUAAUUCUAUAUAUAUAUAUUAUUAUGAUACAGAAAUAGAACAGAAACUACACAGCAAACAUUAAAGAAAAGAAAAAAACAACCUAAGGAAAAUGACAAAAAAUAUAUAUUAUUAUUAUUAUAUAUUUAUUAAUUAGAAGGUUAAACUAUUGGUAAACUUCGUACUGUGGUGGAACCCGCGGCUAGAAGAAAACGGAAGAAGAGAGAAGUUUAUUUAGCAGACAGACAAAACGGAAACGGAAGAAACUAAACUAACCGACAGAAAGGAAAAGCGUGCGAAAACUGCUCAUUUUGGAUUUUGCAAAACUUUUUACAAAAAAAAACUGGGCGUUCCACUCCCCGCUUCCGACAUUGACUCGUUUCGACUGAUUUGUUGUUGCUCACACCAUAUCCGCAUAUCCGAGAACGAAGGAAGAAAGAAGAAAAGGUCAACCAACCUUCUCAUGCUCAAGAACAAAACAUGGCAAUAAUAAACUCGCUCACCCGGGUUUUUUCAACGGGCGUCGAGAGGAAAUAGUGGUAUGAAUUUCGAACGCUCAGAUAGCCGUAGGAAAAAUUGAAAAAAGAAAAAUAACAAACAGGAAACUAAAGUUGUGACAUUUAUUCUAGCUUUUUAUUGGUUGUGAUAUUAGUUUAUUUUUUCUUUUUUUUCCGAAUCGGAAAAGUAAGUAAACAAAAAUAGACUCAAAUUCGGUGGAAAAAAAAUUAUUGAAGAAGGUUUUGAUCGAUAAGCAUUAUUGAUUGCGCUAGGUUUUUGAACCACUUUGGUACAGCAAGGAUAGUUUGCAUCGGAAAAGAUCUAGGCAGCCCAGAACACGCAUCAAGGUAACCAAGACAACACGAACAGUCUAGCAAUUUCUUGAUAUGACUUCAAACAUGCACUGGUUACUAGAUCUACGGCGAACACGUGUUCGCUUGUAAUUCAGUGAAAAGAAAGUCCAUUGGACUAUAAACGAAAAUUAACUGGCAAUAUAGCCUAAGUUGCUGUGCCAUCAAAUCGGCGUCCUCUCAAAUGAGGUGACUCUAAUCAGAACAAGAAGAAUAAGAAGAAGGCUCCAAAAGGUGGUGUAUGAAAAUGGAAAGCUAUGUUGACAGUUCAACGAAGUCAAAUUGAACUGACUAGAUUUUUAAAAUUUGUGAUUAUUGAACUCUUAAAAACGUACUCUUAUACGCUACGAAUAUCAAACACCUGAGCUAAGAGCAUAACAUAUCUCGCUCGAGUAUGGCUGUGUCGGUGAAAAAAAAAUCAUUUGUUUAAAAAUAAUUUUCGUUUUUUUGUUGCACAGCAUGAACUGUUGUCAACUCUCCUAUGAUAGCCGUUCCCACGUGAACCCUUGAACUCUACACUCCAAAAAAAAUGAAUUUUACAGGUGACCUAAUCCCUCAUACGAUGUAAUUCAUAAAGACCUAAUUUGUCAAAUGACGGAAAAUUUUAUUUGUAAUGACUUAAUGUUAGAUGAGCUUGAAUUUUACUGGUUUCGACUGUAACUUGCGUUCUGCUAGCAGGUGCGACUGUAUGAAUUCAAAUGCACCUUUUACCAACCAAGCAGAAGCAUGCUUCUGUGGCUCAGUCGAUUAACAGACGUACUUGCGAUCCAAUGAUUCUCGGUUCAAGUCGCGUCGGUUGAAUUUCAUGUCAUGGAGUUUUAGACACAAUAUUAAAUGUUUUUUGACGUAAAUUUGCGUGGACUGCGACGCUCCAUUUAUGUGCAUCUAAUAAGAUGUAAAAUCACAGGGUUUUUUUUAAGUGUGUACGUAUGAAAUUAUACCAAAAGUCUUAGAUUUUCAAUCAGAGCUGAGAAACUAAUUAAAUUCCGAUAGAGAAAAAAUCACAAAAAUUCGUCUUUAUUAGUUAACAAAUAUUUGUUGUACUGCAGACAUUUCUCAACGAAGUCCAUUUUACCGAAAAUCGUUUCACUGAAAGCCAUUUCGUCUCAUGAUUUGCUAAAAUCCUUUUGCCGACCAUAAAGUUUUUCAUAAAGCUGUUGUACCAAAAAUUUAAAAAAAAGUAAUCAGCAAGCAGAAUUUAGUAGUGAAUCAAGAGCUCUUUUCUAGUACAGGGUUGGAUAUUACAAGUCAAAAAAUGUAGGGGAAAGAGACUGAUAACUCACCCGAGAAUAGACUUGUGUUAUAGAGUACGGAGAAUCGUAACAUAUAACGAUUGGUUUACGUUCACAAAGUUUCACAAUUUUGAGAAAACAUAACUCCAAAAACAUCUACUUUUUCAUAAAACUACAUUUGUCUUCUGAAAAUGACGUCAUAUCAAAUUGUUGUUUUUGGCAAAAUUAUUUGUUUCUAAAACUUUGCAGUAGAUACUUAUGUAUUAAAAAUAGAUUCUGCGAAGAUAAAUUCAAAAAACAGUUUUUACAGUAAAAAUGGUAUAUCUCGAAAAAAAAUUUAGUGCAGAAAUUACGUGAAAAGUAAAAACACUCAAAAUCUUAAUCUCUUCAACCCUGUAAGGUGGAAAAAAAUCGAAAUUGGUACUAUCCCCUUAAUAAAAAUUAAGGAACAUCAUCCAACAGACGCGUCAUACAAUACUGAGAAACUUUUGUUAAGACAUCAAAGCACUUGAACGUCAAUGAAAGCCAGUAUAGACUCUUGACCGUAUUUUUUCAGUUUCCGACCACUGUGUGAUGGGUUUGAAUUUUCAAGCCUCAUUGCGCUGUAAUCCCAGAAUCGAAAGUCGGAAUCAGAUAAAAUUCAGCAAUUUUGCAUGGGAUCAUACGUCUCUUAAUUUGAAUUUUUGUUUAUGAAACUGAGCUGCUCUGUUCCCGAUAUUUUCUGAACCGGAGUUCGGUGUAGCCGAAGCCAGUUAUUUUUCACCUAAGAGAUUGUAAACCAUUUCAUUUGAUUCGAAAUUUAAAAAAAAAUCAGUGCAGCCAUCUUUGGGAAAACGUAGUGCGUUGCAAAUAAAAAGUUUUGGGUACAUCACGAAUACCGGUAAAACUGAAAGAAUAGUCACCCUGUAUGUCCUGAACCGGAAGUCGGAUCUGAUUAAAAACAAGAAGUAGAAUCUUAGAUGGAGGAAAUUGGUUCAGAGUUCUUAUUACUUAUCAUCCUGUAGAUCCGUCCCAGAAGUCGGAUUUAAAUUAAACUCUGAAACCUUGUAUGGGAGUAUAGAACUUUUCAUAUGAAUCUGCGAGUUUGUAAAAAUCACUUGAGCCAUCUCCGAGAAAAUUUUGGAGAUAUUAUUUGUCACACACAUCUCCUGAACGCAACGAACUGAUUCGAAUGGUAUCUGGAUGUAAAAAAUUAUGUUCUUUUAGUAAAUUUUUGCUGUAAGCAGUUAAAAUCAAUAUACAUAUGAAAUUGCUUUGAAUAUUGUCUUCUUCCUAAUACACAUGUCAUAUUGGAACUCUAUUCUAAAAACCUUUUUUAAUCCACCUAGUGGUGUAA